CCUAAGCAAACUGUGUCCCUGCACUGCUCAAAACUGCCAUGGCUCCCACGCGACACAAAGAGAAAGCCCAAGUCCUUACAGCUGCCCACAGGACUCUGCGUGGCCUGGCCCCUGUGACCUCCCUGGCCUCAACCUCCAGUACUUCUUACUCCCUUCACCCAGACACGCUGACCUCCUUAUUGGUUUUUCGCAAACUCAGGCGGCCUGGCGAGCCUCCCCUGGACCUGGGCAGCAUCCCCUGGUUGGGCCACGCCUUGGAGUUUGGGAAAGAUGCGGCCAGUUUCCUCACGAGGAUGAAGGAGAAGCAUGGAGACAUCUUCACUGUGCUGGUGGGGGGCAGGUAUGUCACUGUUCUCCUGGACCCCCACUCCUACGAUGCGGUGGUGUGGGAGCCUCGCACCAAGCUGGAUUUCCACGCCUAUGCUGUCUUCCUCAUGGAGAGGAUCUUCGAUGUGCAGCUUCCCCAUUACAAUCCCAGUGAUGAGAAGGCCAGGAUGAGACCGACGCUGCUCCACAAAGACCUCCAGGCGCUCACAGAAGCGAUGGACACCAACCUCCGCGCUGUCCUGCUGGGUGAUGCUGCAGAGGCGGGAGGUGGCUGGAAGGAGAGCGGCCUCCUCGAUUUCUGCUACGGCUCCCUGCUCAGAGCCGGCUACCUGACACUGUUCGGAGUGGACGCCUUGCCACGCACUCCUCAGAGCCAGGCGGAGGACCGUGCCCACUCAGCUGAUGUCUUCCACACCUUCCGCCAGCUUGACCUGCUGCUCCCCAAACUGGCUCGGGGCUCCCUGUCAGUGGGGGAUAAGGACCGUGCAAGCAGUGUCAAAGGUCGCCUGUGGAAGCUGUUUUCCCCAGCCAGGCUGGCCACCCGGGUCCACCGGAGCGCCUGGCUGGAGAGUUACCUGGUGCACCUGGAGGAGAUGGGCGUGUCGGAGGAGAUGCAGGCGCGGGCCCUGGUGCUGCAGCUCUGGGCCACACAGGGGAACAUGGGCCCUGCUGCCUUCUGGCUCCUGCUCUUCCUGCUCAAGAAUCCCGAGGCUCUGGCUGCUGUCCGCGGAGAGCUCGAGCGUGUCCUCUGCCCAGAGGAGCAUCCGGAGUCGCAGAAGGUGUUCGACAGCACACCUGUGCUUGACAGCGUGCUGAGUGAGACCCUCAGGCUCACGGCUGCGCCCUUCAUCACCCGUGAGGUUGUGGUGGACCUGGCCCUGCCUAUGGCCGAUGGGCGGGAGUUCUCGCUGCGACGUGGUGACCGCCUCCUCCUCUUCCCCUUCCUGAGUCCCCAGAAAGACCCAGAAAUCUACACAGACCCAGAGGUAUUUAAAUACAACCGAUUCCUGAACCCUGACGGGUCAGAGAAGAAAGACUUUUAUAAGGACGGGAAACGGCUGAAGAAUUACAACAUGCCCUGGGGAGCCGGUCACAACCAGUGUCUGGGACGGAGUUACGCAGUCAACAGCAUCAAACAGUUUGUGCUCCUCGUGCUGACACACCUGGACCUGGAGCUGGUCCGUGCCGACAUGGCCGUCCCCGACUCUGAUCUCAGCAGGUACGGCUUCGGGCUGGUGCAGCCGGAACACGACGUGUCCAUCCGCUACCGCGUCCGACCGUGACAGCCAGAGCAGGUGGCACCUCCUCCAAGCCUGCCCGACCUCCCAGCCCCGAAAUGUUCCACAUUUGGCCUCGAUGCUUUCUAUGCUUUUUCCCUAAAGGCUGGGGGUGGAAGGGAGCAAGAGAGAGUGAUGGGAGAAAGCCCUCAAAAGCCCGAACUGCCCCUGCAGGCUUCCUCCACUGCCAGCUCACCUUGCAGAUCCAUGAGGGUAACCGCCGGGGCAGGGCUGGCAUUGCUCACUGCUCCGCCCCCAGGCUCAGAGGGGUCCCCUUCCGGGUCCUCACAGCUGGCGAUCCAGCUUUAUGCAGUCAGUCGAGGUAGAUGCUGGUCGCAGGAAGACCACGUGAGGCCGAGCAUUGUCCAGGGGACUAUGCUCCUCUCUCCGGUUAUUAUAAAAUUAGCCAAAGCCAAAGGAUCUGCUUAGGAGUUCUGCUUCCCUGGGUGGCCCUUCCUUUUCCUUCCGUUCACACUAAUAUUGGAAAAUACAUGGGAGAGGUUCCCAAGCCGGCGCCUCCUGGGUUCAGGCAUCGUCUGAACUCGGGGCUCCUCGGGGAGAGUUCUCUGUUCUGGAGUUGCAGAGGCCCAGUGGCUCUCCCCAUGCCACGGCCCAGGGAGGGACCUAAGGAGGACAGGGCCGUGGGGAGGGGACGGCUGGAAGGAACCAACCAGCUCCUAACUGGUCCAGCCAGAGCAGAGGAGGUGUUGACCUCGCUCAUGUAGUGCAGAACAUUCUAGUAUGAGCUCCAGCCAGU